AUGGCCAGAAAACGGGAGAAGAAGGAGGAGGAGGAAGAAGAAGAAAUCGGGUAUGACACAGUUUUAGAUAAUCAGAAUGUAAGGGAAUAUGGAAAAGAAGAAGAACAAAAGCGAAGCAAGAAGAAUGAACAAGAAAUCGGUGAUGGAAAGGAAAAGACGAAUGGACAUGCAAGAGGAAUUGAAGAGAUUCGUGAAGACGGAAGAAAAACCUCUCUCCUCUUAAUUUCUUCUCAAUCUUUCAUUGUCUCUCUCCCAUCUCUUCUUCUUCGUGCAUUAAAACCUAGCCGCUCUUCAUCUCCUUUAAUUUCUCUUCUGUCUCUUUUUCUUUUUCUCAUACAAAGAAACAAGAAAUAUCAUGUCAAGAACAAGGAUAUAUGGAAGUUCCUUGAUGGUAUCUACUUCAAGAAAGAGAAGUUGGAGCUUGGAGGUGAUCAAUACAAGUGUUUGUCUUAGCCUUGCCUUGCAUAGUCACACCAUUACGUAAUGUGCUCUUUUCUUUCCUAAAUUUGUAUAUGGACUUUUGUGUUUUUAAUUUCUUUGUUAGUACAUUCAUGUUUUGUAUAUUAUGAUUGUGUUAUAUUUGUUAAAUUAUUUAGUUUAACUUUUGAAAAUACUGUGAAAUUUAAUUUGUAAUAUUAUUUUUUUCUUUUUAAGUUAA